AAAAAAUGUAAUGUCGUUAACAGAACCCUGCUGUCUAGAGCUGAUUGAACUAGCGACAGCAAUCAAAGUGUGACUCGCGGAUAUGUGAAACUGCUUUCAAAAUUUGAUUAUUUUGUUGACCUUUGACUUUUAUGGCGGGGUUAGGGAAAUGUUCCUUAUUGUCGCUUUUUCACUCAUCUCAGUCGUGCUGUUUCUUUGAUGAGGUGGAAUUAUCUUACUGAGUGGAUCAAAACGGCUGCAUUUUUCAAACUGAUUCAAUCUUCCUGGCUUUCUCCAAAUCAUGCCGUACUAUCAAGUGUGGGAAGAAUUUGCCAGGGCUGCCGAAAAACUAUAUCUCACUGAACCGAUGAAGGUUAGGGUGGUUCUGAAGUACAGGCACUGUGAUGGAAACCUCUGCAUAAAAGUCACAGAUGACUCUGUGUGUUUGCAGUACAAAACCGAUCAAGCGCAAGAUGUGAAGAAGAUUGAGAAGCUACACGGAAAGUUGAUGAGAUUAAUGGUCUCUAAAGAGUCUCACAGUGGUGCAAUGGAGACAGAUUGAUACUAUGGCCUUUUCUUUCUUUGAUCUGUGAUAAUGGUGUCUGCAUAGAUUCACAUGGGUUUGUGUCCUUUGAAUUGAAGAGCCCGGUGAAGUAAAAACAAUGACUUUGUAUUGUGCCGAUGGAGACAAUUCUGACAUUUGGCAUAAGUAUAUUCACAGUUGAAGCUGUACAUGGUUAAAUUUACUUUUCACUUAACACUUUAUUUGUGCUUUAUUUGUGUAAGCAUCUGCUAUCCAAGGCAAGCAGAUGAAGCACAGUCCAGCAAGUGAGGUGAAGAGCAGGUGUGUUCAAUCUGUUCAAUCUCCAGUCACCAAAUAAAGUUAGGUCUGUAA